AUGGAGGAGUAUGAAAAACAGCUUGCCCUAAGAUUAUCACAGCAUCCUGAACAUACACCACAUCCGUCGGGAUUUCCCACUGAUCCUAGUCUGAGUUUUCAGACUUGGUAUGAUGUAUCUUGCGGGAAGAGAAAAAAUGGGAGAGUGUAUGGUGUUGGAGGUCUCGCCAAAACAAUCUGGCAGCGUGAUAGGAGUUUCAGAAUGCAAAUUGCUUAUGGUGAAGGAUCAUUGACUCAACCUUCACUUACCCCAGACAUGAUGGAAACUGUGAGAUCAUUAGCGCACUCUAAGACUGCCUGUGAAGUGGAAGCGAGAAAUGCUGAAAUAGAAGAAUUGAAGAAGAGACAAAGAGAAAUGGAGGAAGAAAUGAGAAGAAAAAUUAGAGAAUAUGAGGAAUCUAUGCGUAUUUUUCAACAGUUUAUGCAAUAA